CCUUCGGUAGCUGGCUCUUUUUCAAAAAUCAAAAGGGUCUCCCUCGUAAAUUCAAAAAAUUUCAGGGCGCCAUUUUCAAUUAUUUAAUUUUACAUUUCAACCCUUCCGCACUCUCCGUAUAAAAGCACGUUCCGUUUCAGUGCUGCACAGUGUUACGCAUCACAGAACAGAUUCAAUCAUAAUAAUCAGUUAUUAUGUGCCAAAAGAGGAACACUCGCCGGAGCUCCGGCAACACGACCACCAACAGCGGCGGAACACCGGAAUGGAUCUCCGAAUCAAUCAACGGAGGAUCACUCCGCCACGUGGACCUCCACACUGGAUCCAACGGCUGGGCCUCACCUCCCGGCGACGUCUUCUCCCUCCGCUCCGUCAACUACUUCACAAAACAACAAAAAUCCCCUGCCGGUGACUACCUCCUCUCGCCGGCCGGCAUGGACUGGCUCAAAUCCACCACAAGAAUCGACAACGUCCUCUCACGCUCUGACAAUCGCGUGUCGCACGCGCUCAGAAAAUCACACACCUUAGGUCGCUCCCUCAAGAGCUUCGUUUUCGCUGUGAACCUUCAAAUUCCCUACGGUAAGGACCACCACAGUGCCGUGUUCUACUUCGCAACGAAAGAACCGAUUCGGUCCGGUUCGUUAUUGGACCGAUUCGUUAACGGAGAUGACCGGUUCAGGAACGAGCGGUUUAAGCUUGUGAACCGUAUCGUGAAGGGACCGUGGAUCGUUAGAAAAGCCGUUGGAAACCACAGCGCGUGUUUGUUAGGGAAAGCGGUUACGUGUAACUACCACAGAGGGAGUAACUACUUGGAAAUCGACGUUGACAUUGGGAGCAGUGCGAUUGCGAACGCGAUUUUGAGAAUCGCGUUGGGGUGCGUGACGAGCGUUACGAUCGAUAUGGGUUUUGUUGUGGAGGCGCAGGAGGAGGAGGAGCUGCCGGAGAGGUUGAUUGGCGCUGUUAGGGUUUGCCAGAUGGAAUUGGGGGCUGCGACGGUAGUGGAGUCGGUACACUCACCGUCGAUGGCUGCGGUGGCGCGUGGGAAUGGGUUAGCCAAGGUGAAUCACCAUAAGUCUGCAGAUGAGAUCGUUGGAGUGAAUGGAUAAAUUUAGUUAUAAAAAUUACUUAUCUUUUCUUUUCCCUUUUUGGAUAUUUUUAGUCACUAAGAGUAUAAGAUAAAUUUUUUCUCUGGAUUUUAAUUUAUUAUUACUGAUUUUUCAAUUGUAAUUGAAAAAUAAUAUAAACCAAA